GGACAUGCACAAGUGGUGGCCUGAGAAGCACGGGCUUCCGUUAGCUGACGGGCCGGCGUAAGAGGACUGUCCACUGGCCAGCUGGACAGCCUUCAGGAGGAAAAGAUUUAAGCAAGGGCACGAUUAAGUUGGGAAGAGGCUGAUGAUGAUUGAGCAGCGCAGAUUCUUGCUCGCCUGCUACUGCCCCUCAUCCCCUAAAAAUGUACGCCUGCGCCAAAUUCGUCUCCACCCCUUCCUUGGUCAGGAGCACCUCCCAGCUGCUGAGCCGACCACUGUCAGUGUUGGUGCAGAAACGGCCGGAGACACUGUCGGACGAGCGCUUCAGCAGCUUGACAGCCCCACGUUCCCAGACCUCACUCGUCCCUAGUCGCAGCUUCCAAACCAGCACCGUCUCAAGGGACAUUGACACAGCUGCCAAGUUCAUUGGGGCCGGGGCUGCCACAGUUGGAGUGGCAGGCUCUGGAGCUGGCAUUGGGACGGUGUUUGGGAGCCUCAUCAUUGGUUAUGCCAGGAACCCGUCUCUGAAGCAGCAGCUCUUCUCCUACGCCAUCCUGGGCUUUGCCCUCUCGGAGGCCAUGGGGCUUUUCUGCCUGAUGGUGGCCUUCCUCAUCCUCUUCGCCAUGUGAAGGAGCCUGCUUCACCUCCCCUAGUUCUCUGCCCCACGUCUCGUCUGCCCUAUAUGUUGCUUUCCCUGCACCUCCCCAGGCAGCCCGGGGAAAGAAAUUGGCUCAGGGUUUGACAGAGGGAAGACAAAUGAAUACUGUAUUAAUAAAGAUGUUUCUUGAG